GCUGUUGUACGGAUGGAUGCGCCACAGCAGGCUACUUAAAACAUGUGCCUGUCGUCGGAAGUCGCCUCGGAUAAAGGCGUUGGGUGAGGCGAUGUGGAUGAUGGAGGUGUCUCAGUGAGGUCGGGCAGGGUUGCCUGGCCGCUGGAAGAGCCGGAGCCAGCGUGGCGCUCGCGGUCUGCUGGACGGACGGACGGACGGACUCGCCCCACCCCCCGAUCCUCCUCCAUCAACUCGCCAUGGUGACGCUCAUCACCGAGCAGCUACAGAAGCAGAGUUUAGAUGAGCCCACGUUCCACCGGGCUUUCACCCUUAACCUGCCUGUGCCUGAAUCUCCCAACUCCAGACUCUGGACCACAUAUGGAUUAAUGCCAGAAAGCAACUGGCAGCUGUGCCCCCCAGCUAAGCCCAAGCUGCAGGAAGCGUCGAGCUCCCCCUCUGGCUCCGCUCCCCGAAAUCCGAUCCCCGAGGGCGACGCCCUGCGCCGUCUCCUGGUCCCGAGCACGUCCGCGACGGACCUGUCUUUCCCGGGCGCGCCCCCUCCGCCCCCGCCGCCCCCCAAACGCCACUGCCGCUCGCUGUCGGUGCCGGAGGACCUGUCUCGCUGCCGUUCCGCAUGGCGGCCGAGCGCCUCCAAGGUGUGGACGCCGGUGAAGAGGCGCUGCCACAGCGGCGGGGGCGCAGGGGGGUCCUGCCCUUUGCGUGCCCCCAGCUCCUCCCUCGCCUCCUCGCUGCGCUCGUCCUCCAGCCCCACCUUCUUUAGCCUGGCGUUGUCCCCCGACUCGCCUCUGCCCUGGAGCUUCCCGUGGGAACCCGGCGAGUCGGCGCGCGGCGGCGGCUGCUGCUGCUCCCUUCCCUCGGCCUCCUGCGCCUCCUCCCCGUCGCCGCUGUGUCCACCCUUGGUCCCGCAGCGCCGCUUCUCCCUGUCCCCGGUGCACAUCCAGGAGGCAGCCACACACUUCCUGUUGCCGCCGCCGCCGCCCCCGCCGGCACCUCCCGCCCCACCCUACCCAUCGCCCUCGUCGGCCUGCAGCACGCCGUCAUCGUCGCGGCGCGCCGUACCCCCCCAGCUCCCGCGCUGCCACUCUCAACCGUGCGACCUGCGCAAGCCGGGCCUCAAGCGGCGCCACGACCCCGACACCACCCCGUGCGCUAGGCCUGGCCUGGAUUUCAGCAAGAUGACCCAGACUCGAAGCGGAGAUCCUCUGAGCUGUUUGGAUCAGACCAUGCCAGCCUGUGGCGGGUCCAUGUGCGGAGGUCCCGAGCCCUUCGCGGGUGACUUCAGGGGCUCCUUUUCACCGGCGGAAGGGCUGGGCAGGACGAGCAUCGGCCCCCUCAGCGAGAGUGAAGAGGAAGGAGAGGAGGAGGAGGAGGAGGGACAGAGGAAGCUUGACUGUGCAGGAGGGCAGCAGAGCAUCUUUGAGAGAGACUGUACAGAGCUGGACUUAACCCUUAUAGAGGAGAACUAGCAGAGCAGGUUGCUUUUGGCGCAACCCCCCCCCGGGAGAGCUCUCAGGAACACAGCCGCCCUCCCGGGGGGUCCUCGAGCUGGCAGGUCCGUAAACACAC